GCCAGAAACCCAAACACCGUUACAUAGACCCCUGCCUGGAGCCAGGCUGUUUCAGGCUGUCGGAUGACCAAGGUGCUGACCAUGACCACCAGAGUUGGCCUUCAGCAUCCACAGGAGCCAGAGCCGGGGAUCCUGAAAGUCAAGGAGAAGAAAGGGAAGUGCUGUUCCAACCUUGAGAUUUUCUGUCAGUGCUUCAGGCAGUUUUGGUACCAUGACACUCCUGUGCCCCGGGAGGCUCUCAGCCAACUCUGGGUGCUCUGCUGUGAGUGGCUGCAGCCUGAGUUGAACACCAAGGAGCAGAUCCUGGAGCUGCUGGUGCUGGAGUAGUUCCUGAGCAUCCUGCCCCAGGAAUUGCAGGUGUGGGUGCAGGAGUACUGUCCCGAGAGUGCCAAAGAGGCCGUUAGGCUCCUAGAAGAUCUGGAGCAAGAACUGGAUGAUCCAGGACCACAUGUCUCCCUUCCAAGAAAACCAAAACCAGUGUGGAAGGAGAUUUCAUCUUCAGGAGCAGCAAAGGAAUUCUCAGGCGACACACAGCCAGAGUCUGUGGACACCAGCCACAACUAUGAACCUUGGGGACCCCUAUACAUCCAGGAAACUGGUGAAGAACAAGAUUUCACCCCAGAACUGAGAAAAAUUCAAGUUUGUAAAUUGAACCCCCAGAAUGAGAAAUCAUCAGACAAGCUGGAAAGUUCUGAAGAUUCUAGUACAGGUUUCCAGAGGGAUAUUAUUUCUAUGGUUAUUGACAGUAAGUGUGAAGCCAGGCUCGAAUGGCAGUGGAAAGAAAGAGGCACAAAAAUCCCUUUGCAAAAUACAGGUUCCAAGAGAGGUAAACAAUUCAUUUCCACAUCUGCCCCAGGAGAGAAACGUUACAUCUGUGCUGAGUGUGGAAAAGCCUUUAGUAAUAGCUCGAACCUUACCAAACAUGGGAGAACACACACUGGGGAGAAACUGUAUGUUUGCACCAAAUGUAGGAAAGCAUUCAGCCACAGCUCUCACCACCUUACCCUCCACUACAGAACACACUUGGUGGAUUGACCCUAUGACUGUUAGUGUGGGAAAGCCUUUGGCCAGAGCUCAGACUUCCUUAAACAUCAACGAAUGCCCACUGAAGAGGCACCCUAUCAGUGUAAAGAUUGUGGUAAAGCAUUCAGUGGGAAAGGCACCAUACUUCACUAUCGAAUCCAUGCAGGUCUUAGUUCUCAUCAGAGACUCCACUCUGGAGUGGAGUCUUACAAAUGUAAGGAGUGUGGGAAAGCCUUCAAUCACAGAUCCAAUUUUAAUAAACAUCACAGAAUCCAUACUGGGACGAAGCCCUACUGGUGCAGUCAUUGCAAGAAAACAUUCUGUAGAAAGUCAAACCUUUCCAAGCAUCAGAGAGUCCACAAUGGCAAGGGGGAAGUGCUGUAA